CACUGCAAUAAGGGCGACAGUUCGGAGGGGUGGUGCGCUGUUACGGGGAGACUGGUGGGGUGAGAUAUGGCUAUGCGAACCAGGAUGGAGUGCUGUUAUGGGAGGAGUUCUGGAAGCAAUGAAGAAGGGCGAUCCUGAGGGAUGUGGUUUGGCGGUCCAUUUCAAGAUGAGGCACUGCCAUGGGAGAUGUGCAGCCCUGAGGGGUGUGAUUAAAGGGUCCGGUCCGUGUACCGGACGGUACUACCCAGAGGGAGAAGUGGAAUCAUCUGCCCGUAUUAUGGAGAGCUUGCUGCUGGAGGAAUUGGGGAAUGGGGCGCUACUCUAAGGGGCAUCAAGUGCUGAGAGAUUCGAUUGAGGAGUCCAGUUCUGGGGAGGGACGCUGCUAUUGGGGGGGACUUCUGUGGCGGCACCUACUGUGGGGACGGAGUACUGAGGGGUGUGGCUACAGGACUCAAGGGUUGGGAACACUUGCUUAGGACUGACUGUCCUAUGGGGCGCAUUUAUUUAUGCGGGAGGGUGGGAUCAGCUCUGUUACGUGGAUGGGCUACAAUAGGGGGGGCACUGUCCCCUUAGGGUGCAGAGGAGGGACCCUGCGCCUCUGAGCGCUGCUCCUGCGAGAGGGAGCUGUAUCUGGGGUGACGAGCGGCGGCCCCCAACCCCAGGUCCCAGACCCGCAAUGGAUCAGAAAAAGCCUGAGGCGAAUGGGUCGAAAGGUCAAAGCGACUCCAAAAUGAACAAGCCGGAGACGGCGGAAGAGCCGUCACAACCGAUGGAAAUUGAAAGCCAGGCCACAGCCCAGAUUCACUCAGUCGAGGACGUGACCACGACGACGACUACGGGCUCCUUCUCCUCGAACGAGCUGUGGUGGAGCAUCAUGCCUUUUACCCGGGCUCGCCGCCUCUGGCUUGUGUUGCGCGCUGGCUUGUAUCGUUUAGUGGAAAGGAUGAAGCGCGCCGAGAUGCAGGUGGCGCAUUUGACACACGGGCUGGAGUCCCUUCGGCGCUUGGAGGUGCCCGCAGGGCUGCUGGCAGUGGCGCAAGACGUGGAAAGCUCACGCCUUGUGCUCCUGGAUGGUAUGGGCCAACUCCAUCUGCAUGCUCAAGAUGGCUGGGCCCGUGGCCACGCCCAUUCGCCCGCAACCCUUACUGGGCUGGUGGCCCUCGUGGGUUUUCAGCACCUGGGUCAGAACCCAGGCCGCUUUAUAGGCUGGGGGCCCGAAGGAAUGGUGGUACUGAGCGAGGACCUGCAACUGCUGUCCCGCAACUUCUUGGAACCAUCGCGACUGCCCUCGUGCUGUGCUUUGUUGCCUGGAAAGGGGAUGGUGGCCAUUGGCGAGGAGGGCGGUGGAUUGUCAAUUUGGGAGUUUCGAGGUGGUGGUCGGCGUCUGGUGCAGGCAGCUUUGCUCCCGGCGCUCCCAAACCAGGGACAGCCCUGCGCUCUCAGCCGCAUGGCUCUAGACGUGGCACCCCGUGGGGUCUUCCCGCGCUGCUUCGCUGUCUGUGGAGCUGAGCUGCUCACUUAUGACCUGGCUACCCGCUCGAUCAUUGAUGUGCGCCGGAAGCUGCACAAAACCAUAAUCUCGGACGUUCUGUACUGUGAAGCCGCAGAGGCUGUGGUAACAGCCUCUCGAGACAGCACUGUGAAGGUGUGGGACGCUGACUGGCAAAUCCGCAGCGUUUUUGUGGGGCACACAGGUCCAGUGACGGCUUUGACCGUGUUGCCUGGCUCAGUGCUGGUGUUGUCAGCAUCGCAGGACAUGACUCUGCGCACUUGGAACCUGGACACGGCGCAGCAAGUGGGUGAAGUGUCUCUUCGGAGUCAUUUGGAGUCCACGUCGGUGGUGCGACAGGACGCUGGGAACGAGGUUGAGACGCCGGCUCCCCCUAUCUCUACUAACUGCUUCGAGACCGUGUGCCAUCUUUGGCCCCCGGUCCGCCCCGGUGCUCCUCUGCUGGCACAGGGCAUGGCGUGCCUGGAGCUGUGGAUAGUGCGCGAGCUGCACCACCCUCUGGUGGCCCUUAACUCCAGCGUGCAAGGCCUGGAACUAGCGCCUCCGCUUCCGCAACCAGACCGGGACAUCAUGCCGCAGCGCGUCGUGGGCAGGUGCGCUGACGGCACGGUACGCAUCUUCUCAGCAAUCACCGGACAGAUGAUCUCGGCGCUGCUGCUGGCACCCGGAGAGAUGGCUGCAGCCACGGCCUACUGCGUGCCUCGCGAGGUCUUGCUGGUGCUGACCCAAGAAGGGGUCCUGCUGCGCGCCAACGCAGCACGCUGCCCCAUGCCGGUGGUCCGACGCAUCCAGGCGCCUCAGCCGCCAGACGCCCAGCCCAGCUGCCUCCACCUGAUUAGCCACAUUGUCGACCCGACGCGAGCCUACAGCUCCUGGGAAGGCGUGCGGAAUCGUGGCGGGGAGCUCCGCAGGAAGAGCUGGCUGGGCACUACGUGGGAAGACAAGAACAGGUUCUUGCCAGUGUUAGGCUACACUGACGGCACGAUCGCAGUCCUGGAUUGGCAGUCUUUCCGGAAGCUCUUUCACAUAGAAGCCCACGGCCCAGGCUCCACGACCACCAUGGCUUCGAGUCCUCACAGUCUGGUGACCUCGGGCACAGACAUGACUGUAAAGAUGUGGCGGGUAUUUCCCUACUCAGAAGAGAGCUUGACCUUACUUCGGAUAUUUUUCUGCUACCAGUCAGCUGUGGCACUAUGCCCCAUGGGUACUUGUGUCACUGUUGCCUUUGAGGACCCCUGCAGUGCCACCUACAGUGUGGUGCAAUAUGGAACAGCUGACGGCAAUGAGAUACGGAAUGACCAUGGCCCCCAAGAUGAUCCCACAGACCACAUCACAGGCUUGUGUUGUUGCCCUUACUUGAAGCUUUAUGCCUCCUCAAGCCUGGAUUGCACUUUGAGAAUCUGGACUCAGGACAAUAAAUUGCUCAGGCUCAUGCAUCUGAACAUGCUCCCAGAGGCCAUAACCUUCUGCAAUGACAAGGGGGAUCUGAUCCUUGCCAUGGGCUCACAACUUUGCCUGCUCUCCCACAGACUCUACCUGCCCACAUCUUACCUGGUCAAGGUUCUGUGUCGGAAAAUGCCAAACCCUAAGGAUGACCCGCCGCUGCCAGUGACAGACCCGGAGCUGCUGCCUCCAGAGGAGCUGAAAAGGCUAAAAGGAUUUCGGGCUCCCCCGAGAAUCCGGAUGAAGCAAGCUGUAAAGCAGGAGUAUCUGGAGGCAGAGAUGAGACAAAUGGAGAUAGAUAAGGCCUGUUCCAGGCUGACUGCCAGGGAUGAGGAGGUGCGGAGCCUGGCCUUGGGACAGGUAGAGCCCUUGGCCCAAAUACUUUUCACCCCCCAACUUCGUAUGGAAGCCUUCCACAACUACCUACAGGUCAUCUAUGGCUCCCGAAUGGAUAGUGUGAGCAAAGAGGAGGGUGAGGCAUUGAACACCAUUGGUUCAGACUCUGUGGAGAAAAAGACUGUGAGCUCGAUCCCACUGAGCGAAAGGAUCCUGAAACCUUGUUCAGAAACCAGCGGAUUCUUCCCCUCCUCCAAAACCCAGCCCAGACGAUCUUCCACCAAAAGCAAGAUGUCUCCACUGAUCCAGUUCCCAGGUUACAUCCCCAAUUCAGUGGCAAUACAGCAACUAUGGCGAAAGACAGAUUUGAAGGGGCUUGGGAAACUUGUCCACCUGAAGUCAGAUAGCUUUGAAAUCUUGGAGCGUGAGAUGGACACGAUGUGGCUUCCAUGGGGGACGAGUAAGAAGAAAGAGAAAGCCUGGUUGAAGAAAGCCUUGGGCUUGAGCUCUAACCUCAUCCAGGAUAAUGUGCUUGAUUUAGAUUCAAGCACUGUGCAACAGAAAACUUCCCCUGAGAGUAUCUUCCCUGAAGAGCUUCAUGAAAAAGAAAGUCAGAAGGAACUUGAGAAGGAACUUGAGAAGGAACAGAUAGUGCCUGAGGUUGUUGUGACUGCAGAAUUACAUUCCCAAUUAGAAGAGUUCCUGAAAUCCACGGAUACUCCGGCUACAUGGGACCCUGCCUCAACCUAUGUUUCUGAUGAGGUCACUCAGCAUGUACCCGACUUUCUCGUCUCUUUGUUGGAUCAAGACUGGUUCCAGAAAUAUUUUCCCAAUUUCAACUUGGAGGAUUACCCAGAGUGCUACACAGUGGAGGGUCUGGCCACAUUGCUGCUGAAAGUCCUGGAGAAAGCCAGCUGGGAGGAUGGCACCCAGGUUAUGAUGGUGCUUGUGGAGAUGAUUCCCCGGCUGGGAAUAGACUUCCGAAAGAAGCUGCAAAACUUGCUGUUGAAACUUCUCAACAAAGAACCUCCCCCAAACCUUGUGGACAAGAUAGAGAAGAAAUUUGUGAUGACAGCCCUGCAGAUGCUCAUGGUUGUUUCCCUGGGCUCACGGGACGUGGUCCUGGAACUCAUGUCCUACUUCCUCUACUCACCCCCUCGGUGCAGACCUGCACUGAAGAAACUACUAGAAGACUUGGGCCUGAGGGACCCCCAUAAUUUCCUGUUCAAGGAAAUGGUGACUUGGGCAGAAGGGAAAGAUUUAACCAACAAGGCAGCCCUGAGAGGGCGCUGUGGACAGAAACUGGAAUUUUUGAUUGAUAACCUUAAGAACCACCUGAAGCAGAACUUCCUAGUGCCUAAAACUUGGGAGGAGGACAUAAAGCAAUAUAUUUCUACGAGUCCCAAGGAGCAGCAAAGUCGGGAAACCUCUCCGGUCUUGCCUACAACCAUGACUGAACUCCCCCAAUUCAAGUUCCCACAACCUCCCACUCCUACCCCCUCUACAAAGGACAGGACCGUUUUACAAUUCAGAUCCCAGCUUCCCCCCAAGCUUUCUCCCAAGCAUUCCCCCAAGCUUUCUCCCAAGCAUUCCCCCAAGAUUUCUCCCAUGCAUUCCCCCAAGAUUUCUCCCAGGCAUUCUCUCAAGCUUUCUCCCAGGCAUUCCCUCAAGCUUUCUCCUCAGCAAUCCCUCAAGCUUUCUCCCAAGCAUUCCCCCAAGCUUUCUCCCAAGCAUUCCCCCGAGCUUUCUCCCAUGCAUUCCCCUGAGCAUUCUCCCACACUUUCUCCUCAGCAAUCCCUCAAGCUGAAAUCCCAACGCCCCCAGAGUCUAGGGCUAUCUCCCCGCCUUCCUAUAAAUUCAUUUCUUUCAGCCAGCCUUCUCUCCUGAGAAGGACGGUGUCUGAGCCCCACUGGCACCAAACCUUUGAAAAGAAUUUGCACUCCUGCUACUCGGCUCCGGCCUCCAUAACGGCAGGCUGGCUGUCGUUUCUAGAUUACGAAUACCCGACAGUGGA